CACUGGUUCCCAGCUGCAGACUGAUUUAGACCAAAGAGGAGACGUUUGUCCAGGCACCGAGGGGCCGCAGCUUUCUUUCUUCCCGAGCCUCUGGGUCCUUGUUUUUGGUGUAGAUACCCCUCCUUGGCUCGGGGUUUCUCCUCUGGUGGAAGUUAAAGGGGAAUGAGCGGCGGCGGACCGCUGCUUUGAUCUGAGUCGGAGGAGCGCGUGGCCCCCGGUGCCCACCGCGCGCCCCCGCCGCUCCUGCGCGCCCCCGCGGCUCAUCACAGGGACGCGGCUCCGCUCCUGCAUGCUGCCCCGGACCCGCGCACCAGGACAGCAAGAUGGACCUGAAACUCAUUUUGAUGACCACAUUGCUGGGAGUCUUUUAUUACUGUAAUGCUCAGAAAGAUGGGAACGAAUGCAUCAGUGCCAACGCCAAAUACUGCGGAGAGUGCAUCCAGGCCGGAGCCAAGUGUGGCUGGUGUAAAGACCCGGGCUUCCUGAACCAAGGGGAGACGGUGUCGGCCCGCUGUGAUGAAGUGCAGUCCCUGCUGAAGAGGGGCUGCGACGAGGGAAUGAUUGAGAACCCACACGGGGCAAAGAGGGUCCUCAAGAACAAGCCUGUUACAAACCGCAAGAAGUUAACAGAGCAGGCCAGGCUGAAGAAGCUGAAGCCCGAGGAGAUCACGCAGGUCCAGCCCCAAAAACUCAGCCUCACCCUGCGAUCUGGCGAGCCCCAGUCUUUUGCCUUGAAGUUCAAGCGGGCAGAAGAUUAUCCCAUUGACCUGUACUACUUGAUGGACCUGUCGUAUUCCAUGAAGGACGACUUGGAGAAUGUGAAGAACUUAGGAACCAGCCUCAUGCUGGAAAUGUCCAAGAUCACCUCUGACUUCAGAAUAGGUUUCGGGUCAUUCGUGGAGAAGACGGUCAUGCCCUACAUCAGCACCACCCCGGCCAAGCUGCUGAACCCCUGCACGGGGGACCAGAACUGCACCAGCCCCUUCAGCUACAAGAACGUGCUGAAGCUGACCAGCGACGGCAAGCUGUUCAACACGCUGGUGGGCCAGCAGCACAUCUCCGGGAACCUGGACUCCCCCGAGGGGGGAUUCGACGCCAUCAUGCAGGUGGCCGUGUGCGGGGAGCAGAUCGGCUGGAGGAAUGUGACUCGUCUGCUGGUUUUCUCCACCGACGCUGGCUUCCACUUCGCUGGAGACGGCAAACUGGGGGGCAUCGUUCUGCCUAACGACGGAAAGUGUCACUUGGAGAACAACAUUUACACAAUGAGCCACUAUUACGACUAUCCCUCCAUCGCUCACCUGGUCCAGAAGCUGAGUGACAACAACAUCCAGACCAUCUUCGCCGUCACAGAGGAGUUCCAGCCCGUUUACCAGGAGCUGAAAAACCUGAUACCAAAGUCCGCAGUCGGGACUCUGUCUGCCAACUCCAGCAACGUGAUCAACCUUAUCAUAGACGCCUACAAUUCCCUCUCGUCAGAAGUGAUCCUGGAGAACAGCAAGCUGCCAGAGGGAGUGACCAUCGCGUACACGUCCCACUGCAAGAACGGCGUGGUUAGUGAAGGGGAAAGUGGACGCAAGUGCUCCAACAUCUCCAUCGGAGACGAGGUCAAAUUCAACAUUAGCAUCACGUCUAAGGGCUGUCCAAAAGAAGGCAAGUCUGAGACCAUUAAGAUAAAGCCUCUGGGGUUCACGGAAGAGGUGGAAGUUACCCUGAACUUCAUCUGUGAGUGCGAAUGCCACAAGGAGGGUAUUAUAAACAGUCCAAAGUGUCACUUUGGUAACGGGACCUAUGAGUGUGGAGCCUGCAAGUGUAAUGAAGGCCGGGUGGGCAGACAGUGUGAGUGCAGCAGCAACGAAGUGGCCACAGAGGACAUGGACCGCACCUGCCGCAAAGAGAACAGCACCGACAUCUGCAGCAACAACGGCGAAUGCGUGUGCGGCACGUGUGAGUGCAAGAAGAGAGACAACCCGGAGGAGAGGUACAGCGGCCAGUACUGCGAGUGUGACAACUUCAACUGCGACCGUUCAGGAAACAAGCUAUGUGGAGGACACGGACGCUGUGAGUGCAGAGUGUGCCUCUGCGAGCCCAUGUGGAGCGGCAGCGCCUGCGACUGCUCCCUGGACAACCGCACGUGCAUCGCCAGCAACGGCCAGAUCUGCAACGGCAGAGGAGCAUGCGACUGCGGCAGCUGCAAGUGCACGGACCCCAAAUUCCAGGGACCCACGUGUGAAGCCUGCCCCACCUGCCCGGGAGUCUGUAUUGAGCACAAAGAAUGUGUGGAGUGCCUGGCGUUUGGGACCGGAGAAAAGAAGGAUAAGUGUGAGGAAGAGUGCAGCACCUUCAAAGUGAUUAAAGUGAAGGACAGGGACAAGCUGCCCCAGCCCAACGACGCCAACUACCCGGUGAUGCACUGCAAGGAGCGGGACGCCAACGACUGCUGGUUCUACUACACGUACGCCGUCAACAACACGGAGAAGGAGGUCCAUGUGGUGGAAAAGCCGGAGUGCCCCUCCGGUCCGGACAUCAUCCCCAUCGUGCUGGGCGUGGUCGCCGGCAUCGUCCUCAUCGGCCUGGCCCUGCUGCUCAUCUGGAAGCUGCUCAUGAUCAUCCACGAUAGGAGGGAGUUCGCCAAGUUUGAGAAGGAGAAGAUGAAUGCCAAAUGGGACACGACAGAAAACCCCAUUUACAAGAGUCCGAUCAAUCAGUUCCAGAACCCAAACUACGGACGUAAAGCUGCUGCUCUUUAAGGUGAAAAUCCAAUCUACAAAAGUGCUGUCACGACUGUGGUCAAUCCCAAAUACGAAGGCAAAUGAUGGCAGUGUGGCUUCACGUGGACUCGCCCAUCCAGCUAUUUGACAGCUGCAGGAUUCCCCGCUGACAUGGGCUUCAGCGGGAGCACGUGGUGCAAAAAAUCGUUUUUGUCGCUUGAUCGUUAUAAUGUAUCACCUGGCCACUGCAUCUUUUAUUUUUACUAACACUCACAAUUUAUAUGCAUUUGUUGUUUUUUUUAGAUGUACAGUAUACAGUUUGUGUAUAUACUUUUAAGUUGCAUAUUUGCAGAAGAUUGUCUUUUUUUCAUCCCAAUGAACUGGCAUGGGCAGAUGAUUUCUUUUUUUGCUCGUAUUUUAACAACAUAUGGUGGAAAAUCCGGAUGCAUAAAACGUGCGCAAAACUUGUUAAGCCUCUAAAUGUCUACGCUGGUGCUUGAUCAGUUGCUGACGUGUGAAUUUCUCGUGUACCAGACAGAACCUGAGUUUAAUAAUAGCUAUGUCAUAUCUGUAUGUGUAUAUAGGAAACAAUAGGAACUUAAUGAACAAUAAUGAGCAUUGACCUUAAAUUGGCGACUGAUGGUAAAUCACAGCACGUUAUGCGGUGGUUGUAAUUUCUAAUUUAGAAAAUAACAAUAUUUUUAAGAUUUUAUUGGACUUUUAUUGACUACUGUUGUCUGUCAUAAGUACAAAUAUCAGAUGAAGGAAGAUAUCAACUAUCAUUAUUUGUAUUGUGAAUAUAUUAUGAUAAAAAGAGAUAUAUACUGCAAAAGUAAUAUGAUGAAGCUGUCGCUAUGAUGAACAAUCAAAGGAUUUGUGUAGUUUUGAUACAAAUGAAUUAUUGUUUCUGCAGUUGCUUUGACUCUCAGGUCUCUUCCUGUGUUCUUUGUCAAGUACACCAAAAAUAUGUUUGCUCACCGCUUGUUUGUUGACCAUGAACUCAUGUGUUGUCAGUUGUUGGUUUUAUUGUUUUUUUGACUGUAGGACUGAAGCCUGAGUGUUUGUUGAGACGUCACAAGAAUCACCUCUGAAUUAUGCUCACACACCCAAAAGUACCACACGCAGGCCUUUACAGUGUUGUUUUCAAAGUGCCUUUUCUUUCAAUACCACGUUUCUCUAAAUGCUGUUCGUGAGAUAUUUAUUAAAUAUAGAACAACAACAAAAAAGGAAGAAACACUGUGUUGCUUCUCUGUGUGUGGCCAGUUUGACUUUACAGGAAUGUUUUCAGUCUAAUUUGGGGAUGGUGAAACUGAGACUGUACAUAAAGUAGUGUCAAUGAUGAGAAAACUUAAGAGACAUAAUUGUUAUACAGUAGUUCUCAGAAAACUGACUUUCGACUGGUCUUCACAUCAUGUCUCAAUCAUUGUGCUUCAUUUCUUCAUUCAUCAUUUUCCACAAUUCUGAAUCAGACUUAGCUUUUACUUUUGAAUAUAAAAGAAAAAGGUGUCCAAAUUUGUUAUUUUGUACACUCUAUUUGUUACUACAAAUUAAAAGAAAACAGUAAACAUCACACUAACAACUCAUUUCCAGUCAGAGUUUGAUCAUCUACGUCAUGAUUCAGUGAAAACAUCAAAUGUUAUCGUAAAUUGUUCACAGCUUUUGCAGUGACUGCUUAAAAAUGAUCAUUUUCAUUUGAAUCAAUCCUUGUUCUUUGUUCUUUAUUGAUGCAUUUUGUGUUUUUGAAGCCCAAUAGAGAAACGGAGAGAAUUGGGAUUGUUUAUUUCAGCAAAUAGAACUUGAACCAUGGUAGCACUUAUGUUACUGCAUCGUAUCUGCAGUCCAGACCUGUCACUCACUGAGUACGCUGGCAGAAAACAACUUAUUCUAUAUUGAAGGAAAAUGUGUUAAUACAAUGGAAUGUUUUUAUUUUCCCUGAAAUGGUACUGGAAAAUAUGUGUCUCUGUCACAAAGUUUAUAUUUAUGUUAUUUUUUAGUGACACAUAAGGUAUAAAAGUUUUUCAA